AUGGCCAGACAUCGUGCCUCAAUCUUUGGGCUCAUAGUCGCAGUCAGCGUCUCGGCUUUUCUCACCGAGGAACAAUUUCCCUGGCAACCUCCUGGACCGGGAGAUUUACGCUCGCCAUGUCCGGGUAUCAACACUCUCGCAAACCACGGACUGCUGCCGCGGGACGGUCGGAACAUUGACCUUGAAAUUCUGGGAGAAGCGACAGCACUCGGCUACAACAUGGAGCACAACACCAUGCUAGCAGUCGGCAUCCCCGCAUUGACGACAUCGACGACGGGGAAUAGCUCGACUUUUCACCUCAGUGACGUUGAUCAGCACACGCCGCAGGUCAUUGAGCACGACGGGAGCUUGAGCCGAGACGACAAGUAUUUCGGCGAUAGCAAUAGUUUUAGUCAUGCUGCAUGGGGCCGCACAUUGGCUUCUUGGGGUGACAUUGAAAUCAUCGACUUUGCGGCUACUGCAAGAGAGAUCAAAGCCCGUUUCGAAUGGGGCGAGGCAAACAACCCCGAGUUCAACGGUACCUUUGCACGAACAGGCGCACUCCUUCAAUAUGCCUUACUUUUGUCAGCGUUUGGGGACUACGGAAACGCCAACAUGACUUUGGUGCGGUAUUGGGUCGAGCAUGAGAGAUUACCCCUAAAUUUGGGUUGGCAGCCACCGGUAGCCAACAUUAACUCCACCAUGAACAGACUUAUCGCUGCUAACAUCUCUGCUUUAUGGGUCUAA